AUGAUACCUAGCUUAUAUGCCAUUUGUCUUGAUUACUUGAAGCAUCAUAGUGAGCUUAUUAGUUCAUUUGAAAAUGUCCCUUUUCAACCCAUUGUCUAUACUGUUCUAGAACAUGUCUUUACGAGUACUUUACCCCUGAAUACAAAUUUACUUGGUGCUGUCUCUCGAUUUGGUCAUGAAUUAAGACAACUCGAUACACCUUGGACUCGCCUUGUGCUAUCAAGAGCAGCAACAGGACGAUCAGCCCUUCCAAGUCUCAUUGCCACAAGUCAGUUAUGUCCUCAAUUCAUUACAUGCUUAAAAUUAGGAUCAUGUGGAUUACGUGACCAAGACCUCUAUCGAUUAAAAGAGUUUGCUCAUCUUCAAGUACUUGAUGUAGGCCAUAACCCUCUUAUUACAGAUCGUGGUGUAUCCUAUAUCGUGACUAUGGCUACUUUGGGUAUCCAUGGUCUCCAAGACCUGUAUCUAUCUCAUCUACCUGGUGUGACAGACAAGAGCUUAAAAUACGUAGGCCAACUUGAAAGUCUGGUCUACCUUGAUCUGUCCAAGACAGAUGUGACAGAACAAGUGGCUACGACCUACUUAACGAUGCAAGGGUUU